CUCUCUCUCUCUCUCUCUCUCUCUCUCUCUCUCACACACACACACACACACACAGGCACGUUUCCCAUCUCCGGUGAGAACCAACCGAGGAGCCAUCCAGCACACACACAUCCUCCCGCCCCCAUCCACCUGGAUCGUACAGAGAGGCAUGCUGAGGAGACGACAGAUCUGACUUCUCACCGGGGAAGGAAGGAGGCGACUGACGGCAGAGGACGUCUCACACUGGAUAUCAUUUCUUCUCUGCUGGCAGAGACCUUAGCAACACUGACGCGGCACAAGCCUUAGCAACACUGACGCGGCACAAGUCUUAGCGGAAGAAGCAGACAGAGCAAUAACUGCGGUCUGGACUAAAGCUUCGUGGCUCAGCACUCACGAAGGUAAACAAAGAUGCGUUCCCGUAGCAACAGCCUGGAGGACGUGGCGAAGGCCAAGCUGGCGCAGCAGCCGACGUGCUCCCGGAGACGGGCCGCCGAGCGGGAGGAGCCGUCGGGCCGCGCAGGGGGGCGGGCGAGGCACCGCGAGCCGCCCGACGACACGGGAACCGUCCAGAGGAAUCACAAGAGCGGGCGUGGCAGCGCCAGCAGCAGCGCUGGAGGCAACACGACCCAGAAGGAGAAGAUGGCGAGCGGGAAGGGCAGGGACCUCUCUCGUGAUGACCUCCUGUUCCUCCUCAGCAUGCUGGAGGGAGAGCUGCAGGCCAGAGAUGAGGUGAUCACUGUGCUGAAGGCUGAGAAGAUCGACCUGGCUCUGCUUGAGGCCAAAUAUGGCUUUGUCACUCCACAGAAGGUGCUUCAAGCUCUGCAGAGAGACGGCAUCCAGGGCAAGGUAGACGUCUUCGAGGAGGACAUCUACGAGAAGCCCAUGGCUGAGCUGGACAAGCUGGUGGAGAAGCAGAGGGAGACUCACAGGCGCAUGUUGGAGCAGCUUCUGAUGGCGGAGCAGUCCCACAAGCAGGCGCUCUACAAGCUGGACGACGAGAAGAGCAACCACGGGGAGUUCAUGAGGAAGAGUGACGAGUUCACCAACCUGCUGGAGCAGGAGCGAGAGAGACUGAAGCUACUAAUUGACCAGGAGAAGGCUUAUCAGAUAAGAAAGGAAGAAGAGAGCAACAAGAAGGUCAGCAGCCUGAAGGAAGAGUUGACCAAACUGAAGUCAUUUGCGUUGAUGGUUGUGGAUGAGCAGCAGCGUCUUACAGAACAACUAACUCAGCAGACAACUAAGGUCCAGGAGCUAACCACCACAACUUCCCAAGCUCAGGAAGAGGUGAGCUCUGCUAAUGUCAGACUGCAGGAGGAGGAGAACAAAGUAUUUCGCUUAGAGACAGAGCUACGCGACCAAGCCAGUCGCCACCACCAGGAACAGGAAGCCAUGACUGCCAAACUGACCAAUGAGGAUGCUCAGAGCCGGCAGCUCCGACAGAAGCUGUCCACACUCAGCAGGCAGCUGGACGAGUUAGAGGAGACCAACAAGACUCUGCGAAGGUCUGAGGAUGAGCUCCAGGAGCUGAGGGACAAAAUCAGUCGUGGGGAGUGCGGCAACUCCAGCCUCAUGUCUGAGGUGGAGGAGUUACAGAAAAGGGUCCUGGAGAUGGAGGGGAAGGAUGAGGAGUUGAUCAGGAUGGAGGAUCAGUGCAGAGACCUCAACAAGAAACUGGAGAAGGAAAGCAGUCAGAGUAGAAGCCUAAAAGCAGAGGUGGACAAGCUCAACCAGAGGAUUAUGGAUCUGGAAAAACUAGAGGACGCGUUUGGCAAAAGCAAACAAGAGUGCUGUUCGCUGAAGUGUAAUCUGGAUAAGGAGAAGACCGUGUCCAAGCUUCUGUCCAGUGAGCUUGAUGCCCUGAAAGUAAAAGUCAAAGAACUGGAGUCUGUUGAGAGUCAGCUGGAGAAGACAGAACUUACUCUGAAGGAAGAUCUCACCAAAUUGAAGACACUGACUGUUAUGCUUGUGGAUGAGAGAAAGACCAUGACUGAGAAGCUCAAACAGAUGGAGGAUAAGGUCCACAACAGCACAGGCAAACUGCAAGCCGAGCAGGACAAAGUUACCACCGUCACAGAAAAACUAAUUGAAGAGAGCAAGAAAGCACUGAGGUCAAAGGCUGAUCUGGAAGAGAGAAUGUGCAGUGCCACCAAGGACAGAGAUGAACUCCAGGCUCAACUCAAAGCCGAGGAGGAAAAGAGCAAUGAUCUGCAGUCCAAAGUCAGCAUGAUGAAAAAGAGGCUGCAAUCACUGGAGGCGGUGGAAAGGGAAUUCUUAAGGAGUAAGGCUAAAGAAGAACAAAUCAAGGCACCAACUGCCAAUCGUUUUCAACAAGAGGACAACAAAGUCAAGGACUUAACACAGGAAGUCGAACGACUGAGACGCAAAUUAAAAGACAUGAAGGUGGUGGAGGAUGACCUGUUGAAGACAGAGGACGAGUUUGAAUCCCUGGAAAAGAGAUACUCUAAUGAACACGAGAGAGCCAUGUCCUUGAUGGAGGAGUUGGAAAUAUCCAGGAAUGAACUCUCAAAGUACCAACUGGCAGAAAAGAAAGAAUCCAACCAAGAGCAUGUCCUAUACAAGCGUCUGAAAGAAGAGGAAGCAAAAUCUAGUCAUCUUACCAGAGAAGUGGCAGCCCUAAAAGAGAAAAUCCAUGAAUACAUGGGAACAGAGGAAUCCAUCUGUCACAUGAAAAAUGAUCACUCGACUUUGCAGAGGAAACUCACCCAGCAAGAGGUUCGGAACAAGGAAUUAGCUCGAGAGAUGGAGACCCUCACUAGAGAGCUGGAGAGAUACAGACGGUUCAGCAAGAGUCUUCGUCCUGGCAUGAAUGGGCGGCGCUUCUCUGACCUGCAUAUGUCUACGAAGGAAGUCCAGACUGACCCAGCUGACCAUCUGCCAGCCAACUCCAAGAGCGUCGCACCACUGGAACGUGCUGUGGUGAAUGGAAAACUGUACGAGGAGAGUGAUCCAGAGGAAGAUCCAAAUUACAAUAACGAACUUCCCCUCACAAAGUGUAACCCGUCCCUCAUCAACAAUGUCAAUAACCUGAACAACAACAUGAGAAGAGCCAGAGUCCCUUUACUUAAGAGCAAAGAGAGCCCCCAACUGGUCAAUGGCAAAGUGCAACCCAGACUGAAUGGAAACCAUGUUCAGCAAGAUUUGGUUUUGACACACAGUCCUGGGCAGCCAUUGCACAUCAAGGUGACUCCAGAUCAUGGCCACAACACAGCCAUGCUUGAGAUCACCAGUCCCACUACAGAAAACACCCAAUCAUUCACCAGCACUGCAGUCAUACCCACAAGUGGAGGUCCGCCUAAACCGAGAAUCACCAUUAUACAGAAUGCAUCCAUUUCUCCACCAGCAAAAUCUAAAGGUUCGCCGUCAUCAUCUGAGGGCAUCUGCACUCCGGACAGGGCUGUGUCACCUUUCACUAUGGCUGCCUAUUCAAGGGCCAUGACUCCAGACUCUUCUGGCUCUGUGACUCCGGACCGAGCGAUGUCACCCAUCCAGAUUGUGUCCGUCACUACCGGCACCCCUGACCGAUCCUUGUCAACUGAGCCGGUAGAGGUUGUUGGGGGUCAUGCCGUGUUUCGGGUGACACCAGAGAGGCAGAGCAGCUGGCAGGUUCAGAGGUCAAACAGCACAGGCCCGAAGGUCAUCACAACAGAAGACAACAAAAUUCACAUACAUUUAGGAAGCCCCUUCAUUCAGAGUAUCAACAGUCCAUCCCAGCCUGUCAGUCCUUGCUAUACACCUGGGCAGGAGCCAAGAACUCCACUGUCCAAUGGCACACCUACAAAAAGCAACAGCAAAAUCACUAGUAGUAUCACUAUAAAACCCACCUCCAACCCAAUCCAAAGACCUUCACAUAUUACAAUACCUAUAGAAGCAUUCCGACGUCCAGGCCCAACAAGGAUCCCUAAACCCAAAAGCUACAGUAUGCCUAAAGGGACAAACAGUGUGGUCAAUCCAGGUCAGAGCAAAGGCCUGCCUCUUCCUCUGGCCACAGGGAAAGACCAACACACAAGUCCAGCAAACAACCUCAAUAUGAUCAACCGCCCCACAAAAAUAUGACAUUUCUGAUUCUGGUUCCAUCUAAAUGUAUUUUGAAAGGGUGUCUUGACAACCUUUUAAUACAUUGGCUAUCCUACCUGUGCAACAACACUAAAGCUGGCAAGGAACUUUAUUUUCUGGUGUGCACAGACACAGUUCUACUUACCGUUGUGUGAACACUAACCCAUAUAUGACAAAGAAAAUAUAUUUUCACACUGAUCUGAUGAUGUAGACCUGUUACUGCAAAUUGCAGAUCAAAUACUGUGACAUUAUACUAGUGUAAGUAGAUAAUAAAUAAUAAUAAUGUUCUUAUUGUAUCGUUUUUGAUGUUAUCUGAUGUGCAUCCUGUAGUACAGAUAUGUCCCAAGUUCAUGGCAAAAGAGUCAUUCACUGGCAAUAAUGUACAU